CUUCGAUUUUCGCCCGAACCAGAUCUCCAAAGGUAAAAAUCCUAUCUCAUUGUAGUUAUGAUAAUUUUGAAUUUUGAAUUUCUUGGUCGAUUCUUUAUUUUAUGCAUUCGUACUUUAAUUCUUGGAGUGAGUGACUGCUGCCUUGUGUAAAACCCUAGCUUUAUUGUGGAGAUUGAAGGCAAAUUUUUUUUUUUUCAUUUUUUGUACAUGAGAAAAGACAGUGGGUUUAGGGUUUUCUUUAAGCUCCGUUUUGUUCUUGGAGACGCUGGAGAAAAAGCAACGUAAAUGCUUUAUAAUUUUCUUGCGUUUCUUUUUUGUGCAAAUUUAUUUUUUCCCGAAGACCCAAAUGAGGAGUCUAUUCUUGCUUGGUGAUGUUAGCGCAACUUUCAGUUUUCGGGUUUUUAUUUUUCUAUGAAAAUCUUACCGCUGAUCUCCAUUGCGGCGAGUGCUAUACGUAAGUGACGGCACUUUGUAGCACCUAUUUGGAUGAAGUAGUUUCCCGUGUGCCAUGUAUUGUCCAUAUUGCAGUUUUUCUCAGUAUCUGCCCUUAAAGUGCAUUUUCAUGUACAAGAAAGGAGGCUCAUGCUUAUUUUGAUUAUUUUUGUGUUCACAUCAAUAACCAAUAAAUUUUGUACACUUCACAUAGUGUGGGUAAUCAGCUAUGUAGUCACUGUGGAAAUUUUAUAUCUGUGAACCUAUGCGGCUCGAUCUAUAGACUUCUUGUUGCGAAUGGAGUGGUGUAGCCGGCAUGGAAAUUUUUUGUACUUGUGUUUUUAGUGAGUUCUGUAUGAUCUGUAAUUGUUGUAGUGUAACUUAGGUAGAGUAUAAAGGAAUGUAAUUGUGAUGUGAAGAGAAAAUAUUGUGGGGAUGUGCCUUCGAUGGUGCAUAAGGACUCACCUAUCUGAUGGAACAGAGUCUUUGUGGGGGCAUACUGGUUAUAUGGCCCGACAAAGACUUGCCUUAAUUUUGUAUGGAGCAUGGAUAUUACUGUCCUGAAAGUUUUAACUAUUUCUUUGUUUUGCUUUGUAGUGUCAAGUAAAUCUUCAAUAGAGUUUGGUUCCAGUAUUUGGAUUUUGCGUAGGAUUGUCAGGACUUCUAUCAUCAUCACAAUCAUUUUUUGUUUCAUUUUUCCAUGAUGAACUUCUAUAUUUGGUUCCUUCUUUUACAUAUUCAUAUUUCCUCUUUGAGUAUGCAUAACUAAGAUUAGAAAUUGGGUUUGAUUGUUUUCAAGUUCCUGUAUUGCUGGAGGGAAACAGAUGACAUUGUAGAGGUAUUUUUCCCCAAAGUUCUUUUCUAAAAACUAAAUCGACUGAAGGUGACAUGGUGGAGGUUUAAGUUGUAUAAUAUCGUGUUACCUUGGAUUAUGAUAUUGUGGGUUUCCUUUCCUUUCUAUGCUUAUGCAUUCAUGUUUGUUCAUUUCAGGAAAACGUCACAUCUAAUUAACUAUUUCCUGAUUAAAGGCUUAAACAUAUUCAACCUUAUGAUUAUGAAACCAAAUAAUAUUUUGAGGCCUUCUGUUGCAUUUGCUUUUGAUCAGUGCUAGCUUUCUGCUUUGGUUAGUUUAUCUGCCUUUGAACAAUGCGGAGCCACUACGAUGCAUUGGUGAUACUGUUCGGUUUUGUUUUAGUAUUUUGUUUCAGGAAGGCUAUUCCACUUAGUUCUGGAGCUUAUGUGUUAAUCCACUAAGUUUAGUUUCAAUGUGAUACUUGCUGGUCAACUAGAAUAAUUUGCAUUGGAAACAGGGCACAUUUGUGGUUGCUGCUGGAUAUCUGAUACUAAAUUUUCAGACUAUUGUGAGGUGUUUGAAGAGAAUCCCAUUCAAUCACUCUCAGGAUAACCUUCAAACACUCCAAACUUCUUUCUCUACGCCUUAUCUCUCCCUUAGUAAUCAUAUUAGAAAAUUAUAAGAAGAUAUGCAGUUCAAUGAAGCUAUGUCUGUAUUGGACUGCGGCAUUCAUAAUAUUUACUGGUUGGGGUCCUGCUGAUACAUCGAUUUGCAAGGAUCUGACAGUCCAAUUCCGCUUUCACCACAAUGGCUUCUGCCCAAGCCAGGGGAGACCAAGACUGGGAUGGAGAACCAUCUCAGUCCAUCAGCAGGUUAUGUCAAUUGUUCUGAUACCAUGAAAUCGCUGGGAACUGGUGAGGAGAUGUACGAUACCCAGAAGAAAAAGGAUGUCUUCAGGCCGUCCAUUCUCGAAAUGGGAUCUGGUCGCAGUGACCGCUGGCAUGAUGAAGAACGGGAUACCAAUUCAUCUGUCCGAAGGGGUCGUUGGAGGGAGGGAGAUAGAGAGCCUGGGGAGAACCGCAAGGUGGAUCGGUGGACAGACUCUUCUGGAAGACACUUGGGAGAGGUACGACGUGGUCCAACCGAGCGGUGGAUUGAUUCAAGUAACCGAGAAACCUCUAAUGACCAACGUCGGGAGAGCAAAUGGAACACACGUUGGGGGCCUGAUGAUAAGGAGACAGAUGGUUUGCGUGAGAAGUUGACAGACUCUAAUAAAGAUGCUGUCAUGCCACUUGAUAAAGGGAUGGCUCAUCUUAGUUAUCAUGGGAAGGAUGAGAUGGAAGGUGAUCAUGAUCGACCAUGGAGAUCCAACUCCUCUCACGGCCGAGGAAAGAUUGACCCUCCUCAUCGCCAAACUUUAACACCAAACAAACAGGUUCCUACGUUUGUCCAUGGUCGGGGGCGUGGGGAAAAUGCUCUUCCUACCUUUUCUUUUGGUCGGGGCAGGGCUAGUUUUGUAGGAAGCUCUAUAAACAGUAUUUCUACACACUUGCAGUCGUUGGGAUCUUUCUCCGAAAAGGGUGAAAGUGGUCAUGGAGGGCCUUCCCCUCUGAGAUACAACAGGACAAAAUUGCUCGAUGUGUACAGGAUAACUGACAUGAAAUCACGUGGGAAAGUAUUAGAUGGCAUUGUACAGAUUCCUUCUCUUACACAGGAAGAACCAUUAGAGCCGUUGGCAUUUUGUGCCCCUGCUCCUGAAGAAUUGGCUAUUUUGAAAGGAAUAGAUAAGGGCGAUAUUGUGAGUAGUGGUGCACCUCAGAUCACAAAAGAUGGAUCGGUUGGACGGAUUUCAACUGAUUUGGUGCAGUCGAGACAAAACAAACUUGACAGUAGAGAAGAUUUGCCGUUUGCUGGUGAGGAUUCAAAAGAUGAAGCCGUUGACGGUUCAAGACGUGGUUAUUUAAAUUAUUCUGAGGGCUUGUCAAUUGAUAAACGGAUGCAUUCGUAUGGGCCAAAUUCUAAAAUUGAAACUGUACAGGAUAAUCAGAAGUUUUCUGAUUUCAAACUAAAAGCUGAAGCUUCGACAGAAGAUGGUGCUUAUCAGAGGAAUGAUCCGGUGCCUAUCGAGAGGGAGGCAAGUAUGCUAAGAAAUUCCUCUUUUCAUGCUGGUGAUGCCUGGCAUUCCACACCAAUGGCAGAACAUGCCCCAUAUGAUUGGCGAGAUAUUCCUAAUGACGUCAGGUCAAGAACCUCGGACAUUAGCUGGUCACAGUCUCAGAAGGAUAUGAAUAAUGAGUGGGAAGGUAGUUUGUCAGAUCCAUCUUAUUCCAAAGAUGGACCUAAAGGGAAAAUAGGUAAUGAACGAAUUGUUAAAAGGCAACCAUCUGUAGUCCUGGAUAGGGAGCAAGAAACCAGGACACUUCCUCAACCUUCUCCAGAAGAUCUACUUCUUUAUUAUAGAGAUCCACAGGGUGAAGUUCAGGGGCCUUUUGCUGGAAUUGAUGUUAUUGGAUGGUUUGAAGCUGGAUACUUUGGCAUAGACUUGCAAGUACGUCUAGCAAACGCACCACAUGACUCACCAUUUUCAUUACUUGGUGAUGUUAUGCCCCACUUGCGCGCAAAAGCCCGACCACCACCUGGUUUUGGUGCGCCGAAACAGAAUGAAGUUACAGAUGCAUUAAGUCGGUUGAACCCCGGCAGCUUUGGUAAGCUUAACACUGGUUCAAGUGAGACUGAUAUGAUAAAGAAUGAACCAAGGUAUAAACAUAGCUCAACAAAGGAGGCCGAGAACAGGUUCUUGGAGUCUCUGAUGUCUGCUAAUAUGAGCAGUACACCUCUUGAGAAGUUUGCUCCAUCUGAAGGUGUGCAGGGAUAUUUUGAAAUAACACUAGUGGAUGCAACCUCUAUUGUUCCAAACUCAGAGAUUGUCCAUGACUCCCCAUUGCCACAUCCAAAAUUCUCCUUCUCAAUGUCAGACCAUCCUCUUCAGCAACCUCAUUCUCAGAACAUGGACUUGAUGUCAAUCGGUCCAGGCUUACCUGAGAGGCCUACUUCUGGUAUCAACAAUGGAGUUAGUGGUUGGUCAAAUUUCUCAGGCCAAGGUGGGCUGGACCCAAUUAAGGACAAGUUGGACACUCUUCAUGGCCAGAAUUUCCCUCCACAAGCUACAUAUGGGAUCCAACAACAGAGGCUGCAACCGCAGAAUCAACCCCCUUUAGCAAAUUUACUAGCUCAAGCUAUCGAUAAUUCUUCUAGCAUAUUAACCCCUGAAAAGCUACUUUCUUCUGGUCUUUCACAAGAUCCACAACUAUUAAGUUUGUUGCAACAGCAAUAUUCGCGGCAGUUACCUUCUCAGUCUCCAGUUCCAUCACAGCAGCUGUCAAUCUUGGAUAAAGCUAUUGUUGCUUAA